UAAGUAAUCACACGUAGUUUCUCUUUUUCUGCGUCGCAACACAAGAAGAGAAGAGAGCGUUUUCCUUUUCUUUUUAAUUUUUUCUUUGGUUAAGCUUAAGCAACAACCGUCACCAAGCACACGCGCAGACGCAAGCUCUUUAAACGGUGGAGAACGUGAACUGAACCACUUCAAAGUUCAAACCCAGAUUUUGCAACAAAAUAAGCACGCCACAACUCACCUCCACUUUGCUUGAGGGUUAUAUUCUAUUCUAUAUAAGGGGAAGCUCAACUUCUUCCUCCUUGUCGCAUACAUAGAUACAUGGGUUCGGCACCAGAAGUGUUGGCUCAGAGAAGUUGUGGAAAGCUCAUUGGGACUCGGUUCCUACAGUACUUGAAUGGAGGUCCUCUCUCCUUCAAAACCCACCAAGCCAUCGUUCUGAUUGUAACAUUUUUUGCUUAUGCUAGUUACCAUGCCACCAGAAAAACCACAAGUAUUGUAAAGAGUGUCCUUGAUCCCCAAUCAUCAGCUAUAGGCUUGACCUUCUUUCCGUUUAGGCCAACCAAUUUCACCGAGUCAAAUGGAUCCAAGACACUUUCUUCCAACCUUGGAGAUGGUUGGGCGCCCUUUAAUGGAUCAGAUGGGACAUCCCUUCUUGGUCAAUUGGAUGUUGCUUUUCUUGCAGUCUAUGCUUUUGGAAUGUACUUUUCUGGACAUUUUGGUGAUAGGUGUAAUUUGAGGAUCUUUCUAACGGUGGGGAUGAUAGGAACUGGCUUGUUUACUUCACUGUUUGGGGUAGGGUACUGGGGAAACAUCCACAACUUCUACUAUUAUUUAAUAGUUCAAAUGAUUGCUGGGUUGUUUCAAUCCACUGGAUGGCCGUCCGUAGUUGCUGUUGUGGGUAACUGGUUUGGGAAGAGCAAGAGAGGGUUGAUCAUGGGAAUUUGGAAUGCUCACACUUCAAUUGGGAACAUUGCCGGUUCUUUGAUUGCUUCUGCCAUGUUGAGCUAUGGAUGGGGUUGGUCCUUUGUGGUGCCAGGACUAAUGACUGCUUUCGUUGGUUUGGUGGUUUUCCUUAUAUUGCCGGUCACACCCGAGUCUGUAGGAGCAAGAGAGGAAGAUGAAUUCAGUUGUCCUAUUAAAAGCGGAGAAGAAGCGGCAGAGCCUCUGUUAAGGCAAGAGACUCCAGUUGAGGAGAAAGAAGCAGUUGGGUUCAUAGAGGCAUGGAAAAUUCCUGGGGUUGCUCCUUUUGCUCUGUGUCUGUUUUUUGCCAAAUUGGUCGCAUAUACGUUUCUCUAUUGGCUCCCAUUCUAUGUUAGCCACACAGCAAUUGAUGGGAAAUAUCUAUCUAGUGGGACAUCAGGAACUCUAUCCACUUUAUUUGAUGUUGGAGGGGUGCUCGGUGGAAUUCUAGCUGGCCACAUUUCUGAUCACUUAGAGGCUAGAGCCAUUACUGCAGCAAGUUUCAUGUACUGUGCAAUCCCCGCUCUCUUCUUCUAUCGAAGUUAUGGGCACGUUUCUUUGAUUGUAAAUGGAGCAUUGAUGUUUGUCACUGGCAUGUUUGUGAACGGACCUUAUGCUCUUAUAACUACUGCAGUUUCAGCUGACCUGGGAACACAUAAAUCAUUGAAGGGUAAUUCACGAGCUCUUGCAACUGUCACAGCAAUCAUUGACGGAACCGGUUCUAUAGGGGCUGCAGUUGGACCUUUACUAACAGGUUACAUAUCUGCAAAGAGUUGGAGUGCUGUUUUCACAAUGUUGAUGGCAGCAGCUUUAAUUGCAGGGCUGCUUUUGACCAGGCUAGUAGUGUCUGAGGUGGCCACAAAGAUUGAAGAGUCAAGGUAUAAUAGAGCACAAGACUGUUCAUUCAAUGUAUAAGAAUAAACCUAAAGGGUCACAGUAAUGUUAUGUUGCUGUAUGGGUAGUGUAGGAGUGCCUAUAAAUUCUCAUUCACAGCUUCACUUCAUUAAAUUAAAGAGAAGCAUGCCCAACAGUGUUUAUAUGGAGAGGGCAUCUUCAACUUUUAUCCUUCAUAAUAUUAGUGAGCAGAUUGAGAUGUUGUCUGUUUGUACAUUGUGUGAUAUACCCAAUUACCAAAUUACCAAUUCUAGCAUAGUAUCAUCCCUACACACAAGCUAUUCAAGAAUUCCUUGUAGCCUUUGAAUUUUGGAAAUUGACCACAUUGUUUGGAGGUCAAGAAUGAAGCUUAUCUAGUGAGUUUACAAAUUGAUUUUUGUAGCAUUUUUCAAUGGCUUUAAUGGGUGCACCAAACUGCAAAUACAAAUAGCUGGUAAAGAUAGGCUUAAUGCUUUUGUGGAUUGUACUCCAAGCCCCUCAAUUGGACUUCUUUGAGUUUGAGGAUGGCCUUUGUUUCUUAUUCUUUGAGCUUGGAAUUGGAUUGUUUAC